CGUCUGGCAAACAUUUCUAACUGCGUCAAGAGUAAAAGAGCUCAGCUCGGGGAGGACAUUUGCUGGGAACCCAGAGUUGAGCUACAAGCCAUUGUAGGCUACCAAGAGUUGAAAUGGGUCUUCCAGCCUUGGGUCUGAUACCGUUUUUGGGGCCCCUUGCGUUUCCAGUAGCAUUGGGAACAAUCGCAGUAGGGGGGUUUAUAUUGAUUAAGGCGAUUCAUAAGAAACCUUCGUAUCAUCCAGGAAGUCCCAUAAUAACACGUUCCGUGAUGGUAAAGUCAAAUAAAGCUUCUGGAAAUGAACCCACUGGAAAUGCUGGCAGCAAGAAGACAGAAGAAGAGCGUAGCAGCAAUGAAACUACGAUCAUAAUUGCUUACGGCCUUGGAGUGGUUGACACUUAUAAAAAGGUUAAAAAAGGUAGACCAUCUCAGUUUGGUCCGGGUAACUUUCGCAUAGCAGAGGCAGACCAUAUUCCACCAUUGGCUUCUCUGAGGAUAGCCCGAAACCAUGAACGACUGGAUCGUCUCCUACAAGUGAAUCCAAGGCUUCAUGAGAUGAUCAUGAGCCUUGAUUAUGACCCAACUGGACAGAACCUGUUAACCAUGAGGGUUCUUUACCAGGAUCACAGAGAUGCUCUGACCACUGGAAACAGCAGGGAAUCUCAAGUAUCCAGUCGUCUGCUGGCAGAGACAAUCCUAGACGGAGAUGCUGCACUUAUGCUGAGGAAGGCUUUUAUCAUGGGUCAUCCUAUAUCUUCCCGGCAGCUCAGAGAAGACGCAGGAUUGGCCGCACCAUAUACCGAUGGUAACGUUGACAUGUCUGAUGAAGGAACAAGGGACUACUACAGAUAUGGCUACAUUGAGCUGGUAAAUGCAUACCACAAGAAGGGGAUAAUCAACAAGAAUCAAGCAAAAAAGCUAAUUUCAUGGGUGGAAAGAGACAUGCACCUGGACCGGGAUACCCAAGAGUAUGAGGAGAUCCUUGAUUACAUUAAACGUCAUUUUCGUGUUUUCCGGUGGUAGAAAUGGCAAACAAACUCAGACAAUACAGAGUAAAUACAGAUUGUGUACUCUAACGGGAGUUCCCAAGUUAAAAACGUUUCUAUGAUAUGCAAAUUAUGGAAUUCAGUAUUGUUGGAUUCUAGUUUGAAAUAUACUAAUUCCUGUGACCAUUCUAGAACUCAUUGAUUAAUUUACAUGUAUAAGGAAUGCAUAUGCUGGGGUCAAGGAAGGGUAGAUAGGGACUUAUGGAAAGUUACUGAGUGUAGAAAGUUCAUGUUCUGGUCCAUGUUUCUAAGGAGGGAGUUGAAGGGCAAUAGUUAGUCUCUGAUAAGGCAGGCCAGCUGAGGAACUAGGGAGGAGCGAGGAAUGUGUCUCGAGGUCAAGUCAACAGGUGAAGUGAGAAGAAACCUCUGGGAGGCAGGCCAGAGAGACCCACCACAACGACUCUCCUACUACAGUCCUAUUUCACACAUACACUUCCACGCAUGAAGGUUUAAGUAUCAGGCAGGGCUAUGACUACACCAGUGAGAGGAACCAAUUAAGUUUCUGCCUAGCAACAGAGAUGUAUUGGCUGUAUAAAUGUGUAAGGACAUGAUCCCACAUAUUAGAAGGUAAUAAAUAUAUGUGCUUGUGUAAUCAUGCCUUGUCUUUGCAGCUGUAUGACCCAGUGGGUGAAUAAACUUGGUUUGAGGUUUG